AUGGCUUUGCUGCUAAGUAUUGCAUGUGUGGGGGUGGUGAUUGGAGAGACUCCUGUUGCUGGGGUAGGAACUCCACAACCUUUGGGGAAAAAUGGUGAAGCAGGCCCUCAAGGUCCCCCUGGUCCUACUGGACCUUCAGGUGAUAGAGGGAGUACUGGUGGAUCUUUGACAGAUUCUGCUUCUUCUACUUGUCCUUCAGCUACUGAUAGUGAAUCUACUGAGGUUGAUGGCCGUACCUGUGAUUCUCGUACUAUUACUACUGCUGCUGUCCGUUCUGGUGAUGGUCAUGGUAGUAGUAGUGUUGGUGGUAGUGGAGGUCAGAGUGCAGGGCAGCAGGGAGAAGAUACAUUGGUUGGCCAUACAGAUGAGAACAGGGCUGGCAACGGUACUGACGAUAAUCUCGCCGAACCAAAGCAGAACAAUAAAGCACGAACAGGCAGUGCUGAACAUAGUAAACAAUUAAAUGAAGCUGGUGAAGGAGUAGGGAGCCCUUCCGUUGGCGACAAAAGAGACGCUGAGAAUACUGAUUCCCAAACUGAUGCAAGGGUUACUACACAAUCUACAGGGAAACCAAGUGACGUUUCGCAAUCAGAAGAACCUUCAGCUCCCACACCCCAUAAUACAGGUAAUACACCUUCUGGCAGUUCAACUGUGGAUAAUCCAGUGGGUUCAGAUGCUGCAAACAAUGUAAAUAACGUUGCCCCUGCAGGUGAUGAAGCAGCAAGUAACCAAAAUGAAGAAGGAGCAGGAGAUACAGAAUCAAACACCACCUCAACAACAACAACAACAACAACACUUCCUCUUGAACUCACAAACAACAAGAAGAGUGAUGCAGACAGCAGCAGCAGUAUCAGCAGUUCUGUGUGGGUGCGUGUACCACUACUGAUUGUGGUUACACUGGCCUGUAUUCUUGUGUGCUGA